AUGGGUUCUGCCAACAUUGCGGAACUGGAGCAGGGCUUUCUUCAGGAUGAAAGGAACAAACAAUACACAGGAGAUGGUUCGGUUGAUUUUAGAGGAAAGCCUGCUAUUAAGCAUAACACUGGCAAUUGGAGAGCUUGUCCAUUUAUUCUAGCCAAUGAAUGUUGUGAACGUUUGGCUUUCUUUGGCAUUGCGACAAACCUCGUUACCUAUCUGACAACCAAACUACACGAAGGAAAUGCCUCUGCUGCGAGAAAUGUCAGCAUCUGGCAAGGAACUUGUUAUCUUACACCUCUUAUUGGAGCUGUUCUGGCUGAUGGUUACUGGGGACGAUAUUGGACAAUUGCUGUUUUCUCUAUGAUUUAUUUCCUUGGGAUAUGUAUCUUGACAGUUUCUGCAUCUGUUCCAUCAUUGAAGCCAGCUGAUUGUUUGGGUUCUAUCAGUUUGAUGACACUGAUUCCAAGGAAAGAGCCAAGAAGGCUUCCUUUUUCAACUGGAACCUCUCUAUACAGAUUUCAGAAGCCAAUGGGUAGCCCUAUUACAAGAGUGUGUCAGGUAGUAUUGGCAUCUGUCCGGAAGCAGAAUUUGGUUGUUCCCGAGGAUAGUAGUCUCCUGUAUGAGAUUCCGGACAAGAUAUCCGGAGUUGAAAGAAGUCACAAACUGAUGCAUCAUGAUGAUCUGAGGUAUUUUGAUAGAGCAGCUGUAGUGUCUGACUCAGAGAACAGAAGCGGUGAGUAUUCUAAUCCAUGGAGGCUUUGCACCGUGACACAGGUGGAAGAAUUGAAAAUCUUGAUUCGCGUGUUUCCAAUUUGGGCUACUGGCAUAGUUUUUUCUGCUGUCUAUGCCCAGAUGUCAACGUUGUUUGUAGAGCAAGGAACUAUGAUGGACACAAAUAUUGGUUCCUUCAAAUUAUCCCCAGCUUCCCUCUCAAUCUUUGAUAUGGUAAGUGUUGUUUUGUGGGUCCCUGUCUACGACAGAAUACUUGUGCCUAUCGCAAGGAAAUGUACAGGCAAGAAAAGGGGCCUUUCUGUGUUUCAAAGAAUAGGAAUUGGCCAUUUUAUUUCAGGGCUGUGCAUGUUAUCAGCUGCUAUUGUGGAGAUUAAGCGCCUGCAGCUUGCAAGAAAGCUCGACCUUGUUGAUAAACCUGUUGCCGUACCCCUUAGUGUAUUAUGGCAAACACCUCAAUAUUUCUUAUUAGGCGCAUCAGAGGUAUUCACUUUCAUUGGGCAAUUUGAGUUCUUCUACAACGAAUCACCAGAUGCUAUGCGGACUUUAUGUGGAAGGCUUGGAUGGAUUCCAGAUAACUUGAACAACGGACAUCUUGAUUAUUUUUUUCUCCUUUUAUCUGGACUUGGCUUAUUAAACUUGAUGGUAUUUAUAAUUGCUGCCAAAAUGUACAAGCAGAAGAAGGUUUCUUGA